AUGGCACAUUACGCUUCAAAUUUUGAAGGAAGGCAAUAUCAAGAAAUUGUUGAAAUGAUGUAUGAAGAUUUAGAAGCUUUAGGUAUAGAUAAUUACGAAGAUAGACAUGUUUUACGUAGACAUUUUCAAAAUAUAAGAGCUGCUAUGGUAAAUUAUUCUCCAUUUUUCCAAAAUAGAAAAUGGGAAGAUAUUAUUGAAAUGAAUCAUAAUGAUUUAGAAAUGAUGGGAAUUAGAAAUCGAAAUUUACGAUCAAUGUUGGUAAGAAAUUUUUGGUUGGUAAAGAGAGCUGUGUAA